AGAGAGAAGUUUCUUUAAGCGGUCCCUCGGUGCCGCUGCCCACGGGCCGCCCCGCGGCUCCUGCCCUGCGCCUCCAGCUCACCGCGCAUCCACCCAGCGGCUGUUAGAGCUGGGCAGGACAGCACCGCACGCAACGGCCCGGCACCCCGCCCUGCCCCGCUCCGCCCGCCUGCCCCCGCGGCAGUACCGGUCCCUGCUCCCCAUCAGCUCCGGCUGCCGCGCUUGCGCCGCCGCCACACGGGGCUCAGCUCGCCAUGUCGGCUUCCUCCUGCUCCUCCACGGCCGCGGUGCGGCCGGUCACUCACCUUAUCUUUGACAUGGACGGCCUGCUGCUGGAUACUGAACGCCUCUAUACAUUGGUGUUUGAAGAGAUAUGUGGGCGUUUUGGAAAGACCUAUACUUGGGACAUAAAAUCUUUAGUCAUGGGUAAAAAAGCACUAGAAGGGGCACAGAUUAUUCGAGAUGUUCUAGAUCUUCCAAUAACCAAAGAGGAGUUAUUACAUGAAAGUAAAAUGAAGCAGGAGAAGAUAUUCCAUACAGCUGAAUUGAUGCCAGGGGUCAAUAAACUGAUCCAACAUUUACACAAACACAACAUACCCAUAGCUGUUGCCACUAGUUCAGCUGAAGUGACAUUUCAGAUGAAAACAUCCAGACACAAAGACUUCUUCAAUCUUUUUCAUCAUAUUGUGCUGGGAGAUGACCCUGAGGUGAAGGGUGGCAAGCCACAGCCUGAUGCAUUUCUAGUUUGUGCAAAGAGAUUUCACCCUCCUGCACCUCCAGAGAAGUGUCUCGUGUUUGAAGAUUCACCACUUGGAGUCAAAGGAGCACUGGCAGCAGGAAUGCAAGUGGUUAUGAUUCCAGAUGAAAAUUUAAGUCCUGAUCUUAAAAAGGAGGCAACUCUGCUGCUGAACUCCAUGGAGGACUUUAAACCAGAGCUUUUUGGUUUACCAGCAUAUGAUUAAUACCUAAUGUCUAUGUUCAUAAGCUUGACUGGAGUUCAGGAAACUGAAAUGAAAUCUUGUUAAGAUUUUA